AUGACCACUGCUCAGCCAGAGGUCAGGCCACGCACCUCACCGAGCAUCUCGCGCUCGCCAACAUCACCGACAAAGUCCAGCCAGUCGGCCCUCCUCCAGUGCAACUGCGGACGUACCUUCACUCGUGUUGAGAACUUGAGGAGACACCAGCGCUCACAUGAGGACAGUCGUCGUCUCGCGUGCACCAUCUGCAGCCGCACCUUUAACCGCCCCGAUGUCCUCAAGCGUCAUCUACGUACGCACCGUGGGGCGUCUGCAUCGGCACGUUCAGGGGACUCGCCCCCGCGGGAGACGAGCUCGUCUAGCCGCUCGCUUGGUGAACCCAGCCACCAGAUGAGCAACUCUCCAUCCCCCAACGGUGGAAACGGUGUCCUCCUGCCCCCACGGCUGUACCAAAAUGGACGUCGCCAGAAUGGCGACCUUCCUCCCAUUGAGACCCUCCUCCCCCGCACCACCACCAUGGACCUCAACUCUCCUCUGGCUCGCAUCCCCCCGUCGUUCCCAAUGGACGCGCCGUUGCCACUGCCUCACUUUGACUCUAGUCCGCGUGACCCCAGUUUCUUGUCUGUUCUCCAGGAGACCGCCCAGGAGCUGCCGUGGAGCGAGCUGGCCUCGCUUGAGGCAACAUUGUCUGCGUCCAACGAGCCUGGAUCAAGCUUUUCGUUUUACGAUGCCCUUCAGCCCACACCCAGGCGCAACGCUUCGAGCCUCUCCCCGCCGCUUGCCUCCCCCUCGAGCUUGUCGCCCAAGCGGGCUGUAAUGGACAGCUGGCCAUCGUACAAUGGCAGUAGGAGCCGGCUUCACGGCAUGGGUACGGAAGGACGUAUUUCCGAAGUCACGCGCGACCCAGCACUUGACCCCAAGCUGUCGCCAUGGUCUCGGUUCUGGCUUGACGACGCCUUGUAUGCCAAGGUCAAGAACAGCCUCAGCCCAGCAGCGUCCAUGCCCGGCCGUGACACGGCCGCAUUCCGCAUGCCAGAGUCUCUUUUCACGGUCAACACUCUGAUCAGCGUCUACUUCAACAGCUUCUACCCCCAGAUGCCUAUCCUGCACUUGCCGACGUUCGACAUUGCCCAGGCGCCACCACUUCUCGUUGCGGGGUUCAUCUGCAUUGGCGCGAGCAUGUCGCACAUCCCCGGCUCACGACCCUUCUCCGUCGAGAUGGUUGAGAUUAUCCGACGCACCCUGUCGGUUCUGUUCGAGGUGGACCCGCAGAACCUUCGCAACGCCGACUACGUUCACGUCCUGCUCCUCAACUGCACCGCAGGUAUCUUGAGCGGCCACCAGCGCUCGUUUGAACUGGCCGAGAUUUCACGCGGCAUGCUCAUUCAGCUUUGCCGCAAGAUGAAGCUCCUCGACUCGCCCGUCCAUGCGCAGCACCUGUACUCGAACCUCCCUUCGAACCUCCACGAGCGCUGGCGUUUCUGGAUUUCCAUGGAGAGGAGCAAGCGUCUGGGAAUUGCCAUCUUCCUGUUUGAUUCGAUGUUCCCCUCGUUCAUGGAUGCCCCCAGCCAGCUGUCUCAGGGCGAGAUGCUCUCAACCGGCCUCCCCUGUGACGACCACUACUGGAACGCACCGACCGCGGAGGAGUGGGUCGGCCGACUUGAUGGCAAGUCUCUCCCGUCGUCCAACUUCUUUGUUACGGGCGUCACCAACCUCCUGGUCCCCCGUUACGCUCGCCCGGCUCCCCCUCCCCUGCGUGCCCUCAACCCCUUUGCGUCGCUGUGCCUCAUCAACGCGCUGCACCACCACAUUUGGGAGUUCCGCUCCCAGUUGUCAGUGUACCGCUCGAUCGGUGUCGUGAUGACUCUGUGGCACCCGGACGAGCCCGACAAGCAGCCCGAUCUGCAGCACGGUUUCGAGGGUCGUCGUCGUUGGCUCGAGGAUGCCCUCGAUGGCUGGCGCGACGAGUACUACGACGAGGACUCGUACAGCCCUCUCAGCAUUGCUGGAAAGGUGCUUUACCACCUCGGCCACAUUGCCCUCCGCACCCACCUGCGCGACUUGUACGCCAUUGCUAGCAAACACGGAUCCCAGCAAUCGGCAUUCAAGUUCUGGGUUCGCUCGGCCGACGCUCCCGUUGCUGCCGAGCACGCGGCGCGCCUCCUGUCAGUCGUGGGCUUCCCCGACGCCAGCGACAACCGCUACGCGCCCACGGGCGUGUUCAUGGCCGUCCUCACGCUGUGGGUCUUUUUGAAGUACCACGGCGCGGCCAUCCACCCGACGAUGGACACGCGCGAGCUGCGUCGUGUCUUUGGCGGUCACUUCCCCACUGCGCACACGGUCCUCAAGGCCGGCAUGAAGUACAUGGUCGACAACCGCAGCUGGAAGAUUUGUUCUGCGUUUGCCAUCGUCCUGGCCAAAAUGGUCGACAACGAGGACUUGCCAGGCAUGUCGCCCAGGCCCAACCUUUCGCCCAGGCCACCAAACCUCUCGCCCAGGCCCCCAAGCGACGGAUCGCGCUCGCACUCUGCCCGCUCACUAUAA